ACAGUGGUGGGUUGGUGAAAAAAUAAAUAAACAUGUAAGAAAGUUAAAUAAGAAGUUAUAACGAUUACUAAGAAGUAUACACAAAAGCUUGCUGUUUUAAGGCGCAAUUUUGGUUAAAUUUUAAUAAUAUAUUUUAUAAUAUGGCGCCGUCUCCAUUGCACUCCGCCGUAUUUGGGACUGGCGGCAUUGAUCUGGACAGUCUGGUGGAGAUCUCUGGACCCGGGGACAGCGGCAAGAGCCUGGUUCUCCAGCAUUUGCUGGCCCACUGUUUGGCGCCUUAUGACUUCGGUGGCCGCCAGUGGGGCGUCAUCCUAAUUAAUCUGAGCCAUAAAAUCAAGCGGGAAUCUCUGAUAAAGAUUAUAAAAUUAGAGUUAAAAGCAUAUUCUGUUGCAGAAGGAACAAGUGAAUCCCAGACAGAGGAGCAGCUGGCCAAGAUUGCCGAGGAAUGUUUGGGUCGCGUUCAAUUCCUCAAUUGUUUCUCCCACGAUGAUGUAUCUGUUGCUCUGGUCGAUGCCCGCUAUGCUAUCCUCAACGAUCCUGGCCUGCAACUGAUUGCAGUGGAUACACUAAGCGAAUUCUACUGGCUGGACAUGUACAAGAAACCCGAGUUGGUUUCCAUGUUUCAGCACUAUCAGCAUUGCCUAAUGCGUCUAGGGAAGACCUGUAAGGAGGCUGUUGUAUGCGGAAUGUAUACAGUGGACUCGAAUUCCCUGGAGGAUCGAAAUGGUGAAGAACUACCGGAUCUUAAAAUAAGCCACCAUGUCAGGAUGCGGAAGGAUGAAGGAGUGAUCUCUAUGAAUGGACUGCCACUGGCCUUUAGUAAUGGGGCUCAUGUAGAUUCUCGUACAUAGCUAAGCAAGUAAGCAGAGUUACUUACUGUUUUGUAUAAACUACUAACUAAGUCCAGGAAUGUAACUACUAAUUAUGACUAAAAAGUACAAAGAUUUACUCGAAAGAGUUACUUUUUCAUAUAGAAAUACUAUGUCUAUAAGGACAUCUCGGAAGCUGUUAACUGUUAAGUUAUAGAUUGUACCAGGGAUAUUUAUAGAUAGAUAACUCUUAAGUAUCACUAGCCUUUAUGAUAUUAUAAAACAAAUCCUUUAGAUUAGAAUCCGAAACUCUUCAAGCUAGAGUAAUAAGAUGUCUUAAAGAACAAACUUUCUAAAACCAAUUAAGAAACUUAAAAAUAACCCACGAUUAUCAUGAUGAAAAUACCUAAAAGUAAUUUAAAAUUGAAUUUAUUUCGAUAAUCAUCAAGUCAGAUAGGUAUUAUAUCAGAUCCCCUUUUGAUAUAUCCCUUGAUAAUCCAUUUUUUUCUUAACAAAAAGAUUUCGGGAACCAGAUUUUAAAGCUAAAAGUAGAUUAGUGGAAUGAACCCACUGAAAGUUAAUAAGAAAAGCUCGCUUUUGUGACUUAUUCCAUUCAGUAAUAUAUUUAAUAUUAUAUAUCAGUAAUAUUAUCUUAAUUAAAAAAAAUACAACAGUUCUUUAAAA